AGCAGCCUGCCAGGCACUGGGGCCCAAAUGAAGCCCCCAGCCUCUGCCCACGCCUGUGCCAUCGUGCUGGUCCUGCUGCCGCUGCUGGCUGUCCUCCAGACCACCCGUGCCCAAAAGAAUGCCAUCGACAUCUACAGCCUCACUGUGGACUCCAGGGUCUCCUCCCGGUUUGCCCACACGGUCAUCACCAGCAGGGUGGUCAACAGAGCAGAUUUCAUACAGGAGGCCACCUUCCAGAUGGAGCUGCCCAAGAAAGCCUUCAUCACCAACUUCUCCAUGAUCAUCGACGGUGUGACGUACCCAGGGAACAUCAAGCAGAAGGAUGCAGCCCAGGAGCAGUACAGUGCGGCCGUGGCCAGGGGGGAGAGCGCUGGCCUCGUCAAGGCCACUGGGAGAAAUAUGGAACAGUUCCAGGUAUCGGUCAGCGUGGCUCCCUCUGCCAAGGUCACCUUCGAGCUGGUGUAUGAGGAGUUACUCAAGCGGCGUCUGGGAGUGUAUGAGCUGCUGCUGAAAGUCCAGCCCCAGCAGCUGGUCAAGCACCUGCAGAUGGACAUUCACAUCUUCGAGCCUCAGGGCAUUAGCUCUCUGGAGACAGAGAGCACCUUCAUAUCCAGUGAGCUUGCAGACGCCCUCACCGUCUCACAGAACCAGACCAAGGCUCACAUCCGAUUCAAGCCGACGCUCUCCCAGCAACAGAAGUCUGCGGAGCAACAGGACACGGUCGUGGAUGGCGACUUCAUCGUCCGCUAUGAUGUGAACCGCACCCUCUCUGGAGGCUCCAUUCAGAUCGAGAAUGGCUACUUUGUGCACUACUUUGCCCCCGAGGGUCUGUCCAUGAUACCCAAGAAUGUGAUCUUCGUCAUCGACAGGAGUGGCUCCAUGAUGGGCAAGAAAAUCCGGCAGACUCGGGAAGCCCUCAUCAAGAUCCUAGAGGACCUCAGGCCCGAAGACCACUUCAACCUCAUUAGCUUCAGCAGUGAAGCAACCCAGUGGAAGCCAUCACUGGUGCCAGCUUCGACCCAGAACGUGGAGGAGGCCACAAAAUACGCUGAAAGCAUCAAGGCUCAUGGAGGAACCAAUAUCAACGAUGCGAUGUUGAUGGCCGUGUACCUGCUGGAGACAGCCACCCGGGCGGAGCAGCUGCCCUCAGGGAGCGUGUCCCUUCUCCUCCUCCUCACUGAUGGCGACCCCACUGUGGGCGAGACCAACCCCACGGUGAUCCAGAAGAAUGUGCAGGAGGCCAUAGGCGGUCAGUACAGCCUCUUCUGCCUGGGCUUUGGCUUCGACGUCAGCUAUGCCUUCCUGGAGAAGCUGGCGCUGGACAACGGCGGCCUGGCUCGGCGCAUCUACGAGGACUCGGACUCCGCCCUGCAGCUGCAGGACUUCUACCAGGAGGUGGCCAACCCCCUGCUGACCGCAGUGACCUUCGAGUACCCAGGCAGUGCCGUGGAGGAGGUCACGCAGGACAGCUUCCGGCUGUUCUUCAAGGGCUCCGAGAUGGUGGUGGCCGGGAAGCUCCGGGCCCAGAGCCCUGAGGUGCUCUCCGCCAAAGUCAGCGGGCAGCUGCCCACGGAGAACAUCACCUUCCAAAUGGAGUCCCAGGUGGCAAAGCAGGAAGAGGAGUUCCGACAGCCCAAGUACAUCUUCCACGGCUUCAUGGAGAGACUCUGGGCGUACCUGACCAUCCACCAACUGCUGGAGCGAAUGGUUUCUGCGUCCGAUGCUGAGAAGCAGGCCCUGGAGGCCCAAGCUCUGGGCUUGUCGCUCAACUAUAGCUUUGUCACCCCCCUCACGUCCAUGGUGGUCACCAAACCGGAAGGCCAAGACCAGUCCCAAGUUGCUGAGAAGCCCGUGGAAAGUGAAAAGGUUCCCUCAGGUCGCACUGUCUUCAGACAUGGAGCCAUGGGACACACAGGGCCCGUAUUACCAGCAGGAGUUGCCCUGUUCACUCGAGUUGAUGACCUGCCCAGCAAGGUAAUGGAAUCACAUGACCUUCUUAUUCCUUCUGAAUAUAUUUAUCCAUUCUCUACUUUGGAUUCGGAUCCGAGGCAACCAAGCGGGAUAGCAUCUUUCUCUGCUGGUGGUUCCAAAAUAGUGAUUGAUUACCUGGACGAAACAAUGGAAGAAACAAGCCCUACAGCCGCACCACCAGCCCCCAUCCAGGCUCCCACCGUCAUCCUGCCUCUGCCUGGGCAGAGCAGAAACCAGCUCUGCGUGGACAUCAAGCGCACCUCGGGGCCAUUAUUAAUCCUGUUCGCAGACCCUGAGCAAGGUGUUCGGGUGAUUGGGGAGUAUAAGGUGGAGAAGGCCCAGUUCUCACAGAUCGAGGUGGCUUUCAAGAAUCCCCAGCUGCAGGUCCACGUGUCCCCUGAGCACGUGGUAGUGACUCGGGGCCGAAGAAGCUCUGAGUACAAGUGGAAGGAGACGCUGUUCGUGGUGAUGCCUGGCCUCACGAUGACCAUGGACAAGGCGGGGCUCCUGCUGCUCAGCAGCCCAGACAAAGUGACCAUCGGCCUGCUGUCCUGGGACGGCCCUGGGCAGGGGCUUCGGCUGCUUCUGCGGGACACUGACCGCUUCUCCAGCCACGUCGACGGGAUCCUUGGCCGCUUUUACCGGGGCGUGCUCUGGGGACCCCCAGAUGCCACAGAUGACAGCAAGCGAACACUGAGGGCUCAUGGGUUUGACUUCAAUGCCACCAGAAAGCUCAAGCUGGAUUACCAAGAGGGGACCCCGGGAACAGUGAUUUCCUGCUGGUCUGUUGAGCUAUACACCUGAUGGCAGGAGUUAUACCCACCCACCAACCCCAAUGCCACCCCACUGUGUGCAGAUGGCUAUCCUCCUGUGACCACAGCCGCCUGUGGGGUCUCGACUGUGAUGGGGAGGGGAGUUCUGCUUAUUACAAAUAAAGCAAGGUA